AUGUUAUUUAAAUCAUUAAUUCCUUCUUUAAUAACAUUAUCUUCUUUAAUAUCAUGUGUUAAAUCAGAAGAUUUACCAGAAAUUGAAGUUGUUGGUAAUAAAUUUUUUUAUUCAAAUAAUGGAUCACAAUUUUAUAUUAAAGGUAUUGCUUAUCAACAAAAUAAUUUAGGAUCAAAUGAUUCAUUUAAUGAUCCUUUAGCUAAUGCAGAAGCUUGUAGAAGAGAUGUUCCUUAUUUGGAAGCUGUUGAUACAAAUGUUAUUAGAGUUUAUGCUUUAGAUGUUGAAAAAGAUCAUAGUGAAUGUAUGAGUUUAUUACAAGAUGCUGGUAUAUAUGUUAUUGCUGAUUUAUCACAACCUGAUGAAUCUAUAAAUAGAAAAUCUCCAUCUUGGACUAUAGAUUUAUUUCAAAGAUAUACUUCAGUUGUUGAUGCUUUUCAUAAUUAUACUAAUAUUCUUGGAUUUUUUGCAGGUAAUGAAGUUACAAAUGAUCAAACAAAUACUGAUGCUUCUGCUUUUGUUAAAGCUGCUGUUAGAGAUACAAAAGCUUAUAUAAAAGCAAAAGGUUAUAGAACUAUUCCUGUUGGUUAUUCUGCAAAUGAUGAUCAAGAUAUUAGAGUUUCAUUAGCUGAUUAUUUUGCUUGUGGUGAUGAUGAAGAUGGUGCUGAUUUCUUUGGUAUUAAUAUGUAUGAAUGGUGUGGUUCUUCAAGUUUUACUUCAUCAGGUUACUCAACGGCAACAAAAGAUUAUCAAAAUUUAGGUAUUCCAAUCUUUUUUUCAGAAUACGGUUGUAAUGAACAAACUCCAAGAAAAUUUCAAGAAGUUGGUACAUUAUUUGGUGAUCAAAUGACUGAUGUUUGGUCAGGUGGUAUUGUUUAUAUGUAUUUUGAAGAAGAAAAUAAUUAUGGUUUAGUUUCAAUUGAUUCAAAUGGUGAUGUUUCAACUUUACAAGAUUAUAAUAAUUAUAAAUCUGAAAUACAACAAAUUUCUCCAACUUUAGCUCAAGCCAGUGCUGAAAGUGCAAGUCAACCAUCAAGAACUUCAUGUCCAACAAGUACUGAUAAUUGGUCCGCAUCGACCGACUUACCUCCAACUCCUGAUAAAGAUGUUUGUGAUUGUAUGGCUGCUUCAUUAAAAUGUGUUGUUGCUGAUAAAGUUGAUGCUGAAGAUUAUGGUGAUUUGUUUUCUGAAGUUUGUGGUCAUAUUGAUUGUUCAGGUAUUUCAGCAAAUGGUACAACUGGUAAAUAUGGUGCUUAUUCUCCAUGUGCUUCAAAAGAUCAAUUAUCAUUUGUUUUGAACUUGUAUUAUGAAGCUCAAGAUGAAAAUAAAUCAGCUUGUGAUUUUGAUGGAAGUGCUAGUUUACAAUCUGCUAAAACUGCUUCAUCAUGUUCUGCUUAUCUAUCAUCAGCUGGUUCAUCAGGUUUAGGUACUAUUUCAGGUUCUGUUAGAACUGAUACUUCACAAGAAACUGAUACUACUGGUAAAGGUAAUUUGAAUUCAUCAGGUUCAUCAGGUUCUUCAAGUUCUUCAAGUUCUUCAAGUUCUUCAAGUUCAAGUUCUGGUUCUGAUUCAAAUAGAAGUUCAGCUUCAUCAAUUACUGGUUCAAGCUUGACUAAAUUAGCUGCUAUUGCUUUAUCAAUGGUUGCUGGUUUUGCAAUGUUAAUGAUUUAA